UAUUUACCUUUUCUCCGGACGUUGCGUCACGCAGUGAGUCAGAGCGGCUGCGCGCGCAGGGACAGUAAGGACCGGGCGGAGGGCCGAGAAGGUGCGGUGUCCGCGUUUUCGCAGGCCCGGAAGGGAAACUGCGUGGUGGAGGUCACCGGGAGCUGAGCAUUUCAGAUCUGCUUAGUAAACCUGGUUCAUCACCAUGCUGGCUGCAAGGGUGGUGUGUCUCCGGACACUACCUUCUAGGGUUUUCCACCCAGCUUUCACCAAGGCCUCCCCCGUUGUGAAGAAUUCCAUCACAAAGAAUCAAUGGCUCUUAACACCCAGCAGGGAAUAUGCCACCAAGACAAGAGUUGGGAUGCGCCGUGGGAAAACUGCCCAAGAACUCAAAGAAGCGGCAUUUGAACCAUCAAUGGAAAAAGUAUUUAAAAUUGACCAGAUGGGAAGGUGGUUUGUUGCUGGAGGGGCUGCUGUGGGUCUUGGCACUCUGUGUUACUAUGGCUUGGGAAUGUCUAAUGAGAUUGGAGCUAUUGAAAAGGCUGUAAUCUGGCCUCAGUAUGUGAAGGAUAGGAUACAUUCUACCUAUAUGUACUUAGCAGGAAGUAUUGGUGUAACAGCUUUGUCGGCUUUGGCAGUAGCCAGAUCUCCUGUUCUCAUGAAUUUUAUGCUGAGAGGCUCUUGGGUGACAAUUGGUGCAACUCUUGCAGCCAUGAUUGGAGCUGGAAUGCUAGUCCAAUCCAUAUCGUAUCACCAGAACAGGGGCGCAAAGCAUCUUGCUUGGUUUCUUCAUUCUGGUGUGAUGGGUGCAGUGGUGGCUCCUCUGACUAUACUAGGGGGACCUCUUCUCAUAAGAGCUGCGUGGUACACUGCUGGCAUUGUGGGAGGCCUCUCCACUGUGGCCAUGUGUGCUCCCAGCGAGAAGUUUUUGAACAUGGGCGCACCCUUGGGAGUAGGCCUGGGUCUUGUGUUUGUGUCUUCACUGGGGUCCAUGUUUCUGCCACCGAACACUGUGGCUGGUGCUACUUUGUACUCAGUGGCAAUAUAUGGUGGAUUAGUUCUUUUCAGCAUGUUCCUUCUGUAUGACACUCAGAAAGUAAUCAAACGUGCAGAGGUAACACCAAUGUAUGGACAGAACAGAUAUGAUCCAAUCAAUUCGAUGUUGGGAAUCUACAUGGAUACACUGAAUAUAUUUAUGCGCAUCGCAACUAUGCUAGCAACUGGAAGUAACAGAAAGAAAUGAAGUGGAAGUUCCUGACUCCCCAGUAUGUCAGAAGUCUUGCUGUUGAAUAGGAGCAGAUAUUCAUGGCACAGUUUGGACAAGCAGCUUUCAGUGAAGUUUAGAAGAUAAGAACCUGUCGACAUGUUUGAAAUAUUCUAGUCAUGUGACCCUUCAGGUCUGCUUUUUCUUCUAGAGAAUAAAUUCAGUAGUAGUACUCUUCCAGAUAAGAUAUAUUUUCAACUCUUAUAUGUAAAUAAUCCUAAUGUGCUUUAACAAAUGUGAAAACUAAGAUUUGUGUUAUAAGAAUUUUAAGUGUUUUUAGUUUAAUUUAUUAGAUUAAGAGAUAGUCAACAUAUUUUGGUAGAUGCAAAAUAUUGUAAUGUUAUAAGUGACUCCAAGGAUUUGAUACAGAGAG